AUGGACAGGAGGUAUUUUACUUGCGUAUUGUGUGGAGGGAGACCUCUUUCACAUGAGCGCCGUCCCGUUCAGUCUGGGCAAAUAAACAUCCUGUCAAAAAACUUUGCAGUUGAUGCAACUGUAUCAGACAUUUUGUGCAAUAAGUGCCGCCACAAAUGUCGUAACAUAUCUAGAAAAAGGGAGGUGUCACGGUGCACAAUUUCUGAUAAAGAUGAAGCUAAUGAUCCAUCUUUUACAUCACCAAAGCGCACUAAAUUAACAGUCAUGUCAAGUCCUCCAUCUGUGUCAUUACCAUUCUUAUCUUCCACCAAAAGUCAUGGCUACUGUUUUGUGUGUAAAAAGCCGGGACCAAAACUUAUUUCUAUUUCAAAUCAUGCUCGUUUACAUGUACUAAUCGUAGGAGAAAUAAUAAUUCCUUCAGGGGCAAGGUGCUGUGCAAGUCACAUGAUAGACGGUAAGCUUUCGGAGAAAGAUAUAGAAAAAAUUAAGACCAGUGAGGGUGUGUUGCUGAAUAGGACCUCAGUGUAUAACAUUAUUCAGGACUUACGGGAAAUAGCUUCCCGCAAUACCAGGCUAGAUUUUGAUGAUGAGGGCAGCAUGGAUGACGAUGACUACAAGAUUCUUACUGGACUUACUCGUGGGGAAUUUCAAGAUGUUGUGUCAACGGUGACCAGUAUCAACUCAACGAAAGUAAGAAGUAAGAGGACAUGUAUUGCUAUCAUGCUAGUGAAACUGCGUACAGCGAUGUCAAACAAAAUGCUGAGCGUUUUAUUCAACAUGACAAAGCAUCAGAUAAGACGAGCUGUUAAAUCAGGGAGAAAAGCACUGAUGACAGAUUUUGUACCCCAAAAUCUGGGUUUUCAACACAUCACGCGGGAGGCAGUGAUUGAGAAUCAUACGCGCCAACUAGCUAGGGAUCUUUUCAAUGGCAGUGCUACCACAGAUCCGGCAAUUCUAGUGCUAGAUGGAACUUAUGUGUAUAUUCAAAAAAGUUCUAACUUUGCAUUUGCCAGAAGGUCUUAUAGCAUCUACAAACACAGACCCCUCGUUAAACCCAUGAUGGUUGUAACUACCACGGGUUACAUAAUCUCCGUCCUUGGACCCUACCUAGCUGAUGCCAAAAACAAUGAUGCUAGCAUUCUGAGACAUAUGAUCCUACACAACACUGAAGAAAUGAAAUCCUGGUUAAAAGAGGACGACGUGUUUGUUGUGGACAGGGGUUUCAGGGAUGUUGGAGAUGUGUUGGGUGAUCUCGGUAUCCAAAUGGAAAUGCCGUCCUUCAUGCAGAGUGGAGAAAAACAACUGACAACCCAUGAUUCAAAUAUUUCUAGAGUGGUCACAAAGGUCAGAUGGGUCGUGGAGGCUGCAAACGCUCGACUGAAACAAUGGAAGUACCUGGAGAAGACAAUUCCUAACACUCAGAUACCAUGCAUCGGGGAUUACGUGAGAAUUGUGUCAGCCAUUUGUAACAGAUAUCGGCCUCCUUUGUGCACUACGACAUCUGAUGACCAGUCAGUUGCUGCAAAAAUGCUGCAUCUAUCCCGGAAAGAAAACGCACUGCAGAAACGUGUGGAGGAAGAGGGUUUAGACAAGAGGUCAGUUCGUUGGGUAAAGGUUGACGCCGAGCAGUGCUCGCCAGAUUUCCCAAAAUAUGACGAAAAUGAUUUAAGAGAGCUAACCUUAGGCGUGUACCAACUUCGAAUGGCCCGAUCAUAUGCACACGAACACACGGACAUCGACGGUAAAUACGAGAUUUUAGUGAGUGAUGAUAUCCAGGGAAUACUUUCUGCUAAAAUCCAGAGUAGACAUAUAUCGGCUAAAAUUUAUAAGUGCUGGAUAAGUUAUAAUGAUGGUGUCAUUGACGGUUGGUUUUGUAAGUGUAAGGCGGGAAGCAGAGUGGUUGGGAUGUGUGGCCACAUCACCAGUGUCGUGUGGUUUCUGGCGUACGCGAGACAUGACGUCGAUUCUUUGAAAGGUGUCAGGAAUUGGAGCACCUCUGUUUAUGAUGCAUCAGAUCUACCAGAAAUCAUCGAUGAAUCCGACAGUGAUGAGGACAGUGAAGUUGAGGAGUGA